CUGCUGGAUACUGAUGAUGAGCUCAGUGACAUUCAGUCGGAUUCCGUCCCAUCAGAAGUCCGGGACUGGUUGGCUUCUACCUUUACACGGAAAAUGGGGAUGAUGAAAAAGAAAUCUGAGGAAAAACCAAGAUUUCGGAGCAUUGUGCAUGCUGUUCAAGCUGGAAUUUUUGUGGAAAGAAUGUACAGAAAAUCCUAUCACAUGGUUGGGUUGGCAUAUCCAGAAGCUGUCAUAGUAACAUUAAAGGAUGUUGAUAAAUGGUCUUUUGAUGUAUUUGCCUUGAAUGAAGCAAGUGGAGAACAUAGUCUGAAGUUUAUGAUUUAUGAACUAUUUACCAGAUAUGAUCUUAUCAACCGUUUCAAGAUUCCUGUUUCUUGCCUAAUUGCCUUUGCAGAAGCUUUAGAAGUUGGUUACAGCAAGUACAAAAAUCCGUAUCACAAUUUGAUUCAUGCAGCUGAUGUCACUCAAACUGUGCAUUACAUAAUGCUUCAUACAGGUAUCAUGCACUGGCUCACUGAACUGGAAAUUUUAGCAAUGGUGUUUGCUGCUGCCAUUCAUGAUUAUGAGCAUACGGGAACUACAAACAAUUUUCAUAUUCAGACAAGGUCAGAUGUUGCCAUUUUGUAUAAUGAUCGCUCCGUCCUUGAAAAUCACCAUGUGAGUGCAGCUUAUCGACUUAUGCAAGAAGAAGAAAUGAAUGUCCUGGUAAAUUUAUCCAAAGAUGACUGGAGGGAUCUUCGGAACCUAGUGAUUGAAAUGGUUUUGUCUACAGACAUGUCGGGUCACUUCCAGCAAAUUAAAAAUAUAAGAAACAGUUUGCAGCAGCCUGAAGGGCUUGACAAAGCCAAAACCAUGUCCCUGAUCCUCCAUGCAGCAGACAUCAGUCACCCAGCCAAAUCCUGGCAGCUGCACCACCGAUGGACCAUGGCCCUGAUGGAGGAGUUUUUCCUACAGGGAGAUAAAGAAGCUGAAUUAGGGCUUCCAUUUUCCCCACUUUGUGAUCGGAAGUCAACGAUGGUGGCCCAGUCCCAAAUAGGUUUCAUUGAUUUCAUAGUAGAGCCAACAUUUUCUCUUCUGACAGACUCAACAGAGAAAAUUAUUAUUCCUCUUAUAGAGGAAGACUCAAAAACCAAAACUCCUUCCUAUGGAGCAAGCAGACGAUCAAAUAUGAAAGGCACCAUGAAUGAUGGAACCUAUUCCCCAGACUACUCCCUUGCAAGCGUGGACCUGAAGAGCUUCAAAAACAACCUGGCGGACGUCAUCCAGCAGAACAAAGAGAGGUGGAAAGAGUUAGCUGCUCAAGGUGAGCCUGAUCUUCACAAGAAUUCAGAAGAUCUAGUAAGUGCCGAAGAAAAACAUGCUGAGACACAUUCAUAGGUUUGAAACACCUUAAAGGCUUCUGUCAUUUUAAACAUGAGAGAGUGCUGCAACUACAGUAAAUUUUUCAAGAUGUUAAGUAAAAGGAAAGCAAAAACAAAAUUAUAGAAAACUAUUUUUUGCAGCUCUGAGGCUAUUUAGAUUGUCCUUGUUAUUUUAAAUACAUGGGAACAAAGUGAGAGCUGGGGCUGCUCAGAAGCUGUGGUUGAAGUCCUAUAACAACAAUGGAUCAUCAGAGCCCUGGCUCUGUGACCUGAUGAACUCAUCAUUGUAACUCUCAAGCUGGGAAACCACAGUGAAACCUGCCCCUGAAAGCAGUGGACCAGCCUGCAUCCAUCCCUGUGAUUUCAAAGCACUAAUGCAUCACCUACAUGGGCGUCAUCACAAUGCAAGUCACACAUUACCUACGAUCCAAGAUGACAAGAACCUCCAGCCAUUGUUGGAGACAGACACUAGAACUGAGAAUGGAAUUUGCCUUCUGGGGUGUUGAUCCCAUCAGGAUGUAACAAAAUAUAUCACAGGCCAAGGGAUAAGUGACAAGAAGUAUGUGUGUGUGCAUGUCUGUGUGUGUAUUCAAAAAUGUCUAUGAAAAUGGAAUCCCACACUUUUCUGUACAGAUAAUGUUAUUUGACAUGAGUUUAUAAUUUUACCACACAGAAACAAACUGCAACCCUUGGAGACUCUGCUUCCUUGUCAUGUUUUGCCUGAGCAUGUGCAGAGCCUUGCCUUUGCUCCAAACUGAAGAGCUACAUUUAUUUGUUAUUAGCUGACAAGAAAGGUCAAGCACAAGUAGGUGUUGUAACUUUUCACUGUACAAACUCUUCAAUGAUUGUGAGACUAAGCGAAUUUGUCUUUGUGAAUGGUAGAAUUGGGUGGAAAAAAUUAAGAGUAGCCAUCAAUUAAAGAAUAAAGUUAAGGUGGGUUGUCCAUCCUAAUGAGUUUUCUGUUGCACAUGCUUCUUCCCUGGGUUCCACAAUGCUAAGCAAUAUUUUAGAAAUGGAUGUAAUCACAAGCUUUUAAGUCUAAGUAGUGGGAUUUUAUAACUCACAACUUAGAUCUCUUUUCAUGUGUAAGCCAUAUUCUAUAUGCAUAUUAGGUAUGCAUUUUAAUUUAAGAUAUAUUUGUGCAUAGACUGUGUAUAAGAUGCUUUUAAAUGUACUGUGAAUAAGUUCCUUAGAUUUUGUUUCACCUGAAGUAUAUGUAGAACACAGCUAAAUAAUUGAAUUGUAUCAUAGACAUUAUAAUGCAAUUGAUAUUUUAAAUGUAAGCAGUAAAGAUUGAUCUAUAAUGAUGUGUUGGGGGAAAUUUAUAGAUACGUACAUCAUGGUGACUUUUUGUCCUACAAUGGAUUUCUUAUUUCUAUUUAUGGAGAAACUGCAACUACUGCUUUUAAUGUCUUUUUUUAAGGUAGCUAUUUACAAGCUAGAAAAUAUUCUGCAUUUAAGAUUAGAAUAUGACUGUCAGGGAAGUCUAAUUACUAUUGUUCCUAUUUGAGCCAGGUGUCUCUCAGUAAAGCUAUAGAGUCUCUCAACAGAGAAAUAAAUUGAAACACUGCUUCUUAAUUGU